UCGAUUGGAUAGAAGUGGAAAUCGAACUUUCACUGGCCUUGGUGUUUUGUCUCGUAGCGCUAAUGAUAGUUGCGUCUACCUACAGUGGACUGGUUGAACUCGGUUUGAAAACAUCAACUUUGCUUGCGUCUGGAUCGAUAAUAAUAUCCGGUGUUCUCAUCCUGCCACCAGUGAUCAAGGUGUCACGUGACAUCUGUUACGUCUCUGAAGAUGUUACUUCCAUAGUCGACGUCACAGGACGUCAGCUCGUCGCCGUUGAUUUCCCAUGGGCGCUCAUGCUAUCCGCCGUAGGUUUGUUGCUGGCAUUUAUCGCGGGCGCGAUAUUUUUGAUCGCCGCAUUUCGACGCGACGCGGAUUUCAUGACGAUUUCCCCACAGUCGUUCCUCGCGCCGGCGAUUUUGAGUCUGGUCACAUUUCCCGCUCACAUAUCGGUGCAAGAUCGAUUAGGACAUAUACCGCCGUCGGAGCUAAAACCUCGCUCCGACAGCUUCCUGAUUCCGCCGCCAAUUGGUAGCCAUGAUGACGCGCCGUUCAGUUUUCAGAAUGGUCGUCUUCGUCGCGAAACGGCGUUUGAUUUUCCUCCGCCAUCAUUUGCCUUCUUUAUUUCCGGCGAAAAUAGUCCAACUGGAAGUUCGACGGGGAUGCAAUCCCGUCCGCCAUCUUCAGGGCGAUUGAGUUGCAGUAGUGACGUCAUCACAGCGACGAAUAUACCUGUCAUAACUGUUGAUCAAACUUGCGAGUCCACGCCAUUAACUGCCGCCGAAAGCAAAACAAAAGCGCCUGAUAUAGCUAAACCUGAUACUGAACGAAACACAAAUUGUGAUGCUGGUAAUGUUAAAAAUACACAAAAAUCUGUUACAACACUUAGCAGUAUUUUCGAAGCAAAGGACAACAAUAAACAUACGGAGACAAGUGUUAAACAAGAUUUCAAAUCGUCUGCUAAGUCUUCAUUUGUAGCAGCUACAGCCGAACCAAAUCUACGUAAAAAGACAACCAAACAGACCGCUGUGCACCCCAUCGAACUUGUCACAAAAGAAAACAAACUAUUGGAUAAGGAAAAUACAAAAAUUGUCACGGACAAAGGCUCGACUGACAUUAAAGAGAACCCAAUAAAAAGGUCGACAAAUAUCAGUACUAGCUCUACUGCCAAACGGGUAAAAACUAGCCCCGCUCCAAAAAUUAUCGUUCAAAGAUACAAACUCCGCACAAAAAGUAAUGAUGGCCAAGCGCCUGUAAAGCAAGAUAUUAAACUGCGCAAAGUGGUAAAGCGGUUCAAGCCAGAGAUGACGCUUGGAAACGCAAUUAACAAAGACAAUACAGAAAGAGAGUCCAAGGUGGUCAGGGUUCCAGUUGUUACGUUUACGAACUGUGGUUGUUUACAAGGAGAGUUGAACGUGCAAGAUAUAUCAAAUAUGUGAACGAAGUUGAAUGAUAUCAACGCAUAUAGAUGUAAACGUUGCAAGUGAUACCAUGGCACAAAGUUAUUAAAGAGUAAUGUAUAAAGAUUAACUGAUGCAUUUAUAAACAUUGUAUAAUUUAGACAGUACAUGAGUGUUAUUUACUGAUUUUCUUUCAUAUUAAUCAAGUUGUUCCUUGACUGUUAACAACUUACAAUCAACGAACUUUACAUACGUAUAGUUUAUUAAGUUUUAAUAUUUAA